GUGCACUGACAAAGCGAGUUACGGAAGCUGGAGGUUUCCAGCUUGGAAGCACGAUCGUUCCACUUUGCCAUGUCCACGAACUGGUGGCUGGAACAAAGCUCUUCUCACCAAGCUUGUCUAUGGGCGCCGUGUGGCCGAAGCUUGGAGCAUCAGGCGGUCAUGCGACGAAGCUUUUCGUCAAGCGAGGAACUGUCCUGGACGUGGCCGUGGAGGAAGCACUGCGUGGUCAGAAAGUGGUGGCCGUAAAUGCAGCUUCUGCCUACCAUGCUGGCGGAGGGUUUCAAACUGGUGGGCGCCAUGCGCUGGAAGAAGCUAUGUGCAUUCAAAGCACUCUUUACGCCUCCUUGGCAAAAGGCGUCGAGUUGGCCGAGCAGGCAAAAAUCAGGGUACCACCAUGGGUUCAACCGCCCAAGAGGCCCAAGGAUGGCCAGGAUUGGGUGUCACAUCUUCCCGACGACGGUGCGCUUCUGUCGCCAGCGGUGGAGGUCUUCCGCAGCGGCACCAACAACGGCUACGCAUUCCAGGAAAAGGCAGUCUGCCUCGAGGCGGUGGUGUCCGUGGCCAUGCCAAACUGCAAUGCCAAGAUGUCGGACAGCCCAGUGGAUGCGCAUCCAGACCAGGAGAAGUACGCCGAACAGCUUGCCGAUAAAUGGCGGGCAGUCAUGGCAGCGGCAUCAUCAAGACCCGAUGCGAACGUUCUGGUAGUUCCCGAUGCAGGCUGCGGCGUCUUCUUCAAUCCACCAGAGAAAGUUGGUCAGAGCUUUGGAAAGGUCUUGCGGGAUGAGUUUUCCGGACGCUUCGAAGGUGUUGUCAUCGCCUUCCCAGGAGGAAAAGCCGGCGAGGCUUUUGCAGCUGCAGCGGUCGAAGUCUUCGAAGAAUUCGAGACAUUGAAGCCUCAGCGACUUUAG